AUGCCCAAACGAAAAGCUCCGACUAGAUUAUCUGGUCUUACAGGCUCAGAUGAUGAAGAUAUCAUGCAGAUGACUACAAAUGAAACCGCCCAAGAAUCGCGCGCCGAACCUCCUGCCAAGAAACGUCGAGGCCGACCGCGUUCCUCGAAUGAGAGUGCACCCGAGCCGAAGCCCACCACGCAAACCCGGAAGCGCGAGUCUUCUAUAGCUCAAAAAGCUGAGCCUCCCGCGACGAGGAAGACGACCCGUCGAGGACGACCGCGUGGUAGCAGCCAAACGGAAGCCGCAGAAACACAACCGCAGCUCGCAGCAACACAAGAGGAAUCAGACGAAGAGAGCUAUGAACAGGAAAUUGAGGAUCCGACGGAGCAAAAAGAGACCAAACCUACACAUGCAACAAGGGCAGCCAAACCUGUCCCAGCCCGUCGCAAGGCUCCCGGCGUUGCUAAGCAGGUAAUAGCCGAUGGGGAGUUUGAGUAUACACCUUCCGGCUCUAGGCAUGCUGCCAUUGAAAACGAGCCUGCAGAAGAAGCAGAACCUAGCCCUCGCCCGCGAGGAGCUCAGCGACGGCUGGAUGCGACUGAAGCUACAGAUGUUGUAGAUGAGUCAAUAAUAGCUGAAUUACCAACUCAUCCGUCCGAACGGUCCUCUGAGGCAAAGAACAUCUUAGCCCAAGUGCGCAAUGUGUCAGACAUUUCUCCUCGUAAACGCAAGUCAAUCAUUGACGCGGAGCAAGGCGGAGACCCGGAAUUGAGGCGUAAGAUUGGUGAUCUGACCAAGAAGCACGAUACUCUGGAAUCCAAAUUCCGCAACCUCCGCGAGAUUGGAAUCGUAGAGGCCAACACAAAUAUGGAAAAGCUACGCAAACAAUGUGACACUAUUACAACAGCUUCAAAUGAGCUGGUUUUCUCACUUAGAUCUGAGCUGGCGGCGCAAAAGUCACUUGGUCAGCAGAGCCGUGGUCUUCAGAAACAAUUAAAGGAGAAAGAUGCUGAGAUUGCUCGUUUGCAAGAAGAGGCAGCUGAGUUACGUGCUCAAUAUGCCGCAAGUCAAACUGAGAACAAGGCUCUACAGACCAAGCUCGCCGCUGCGCGUAAUACAGCCGCAAGUCUGGAAAACACGGUCAAGGUCCCUGGCAGUGCCAUGAAGGGAGGACCUGCGAACCGUGCUGUGGCAGCAGCUAAUGCAGAAGCCGCUCAGGCUGCACAGAUUGCUCAAAUCCGUGAAGACUUAUAUAGUGAUUUGACUGGCUUGAUUAUCCGAGAUGUGAAGUCUCGAGAGACUGACCACCUGUAUGAUUGUAUUCAAACAGGCGUCAACGGAACUUUGCAUUUCAAGCUGGUUGUCCCCAAGGUGGCUAGUGCGGACUAUGAGAAGGCUGUCUUUGAGUACUUACCCCUAUUGGAUGCCAACCGGGAUCGUGAGUUGGUGGAUAUAUUGCCAGACUUCCUGAUUGAUCAUAUUACUUUUGAUCGGGACCAGGCCCCUAAGUUUUAUACACGGGUGAUUGAUGCCUUGACCAAACGGCGGUCCAGUUCGGUAUCGCGGGCAUAG